AUGUACAACUCCAACCUCAGCCUGACCGUGCCGCCGCUGCUGGGCAUCGACGGCGGAGUGUGCACCACGCCCAGGACGCCGGAAAUCCUCAACUCGCUGAUGGCCAUGACAAACCCUCUCGAGUACUCGUACCCGUGCCCGGCGACGACGCAGGCAAACAACACAACGACGGCCGCCGCCGCCUCCACGGGCGUCCUCGGCAGCAACCCCUGCGCCGUCGCCGGCUCGCAACAGGUGUCACAGGCUUCCCACGACAGUCAUUCCAACAGUUCCGAUUCGCCGCUGGACUCACCCGCAGCCGGCCAUCGCAAGACUCCGAGCGUACAACAGACCCGCUCGCAACUGAUCAAGGCCGGUGUGAAGCUGCUGAUACAGAGCAAGCGCAAGCACAGCGGAUGCGAUUCCAGCGAUGGUAACGAAUCGUCCAGCGGCGGUGGUGGAGCAGGAGGAGGAAGGGCUCGCGGUACAAGUGGAGCCCCCCAGUCGAAGAAACGCCGUGACACCGAUAAUAUGACGAGUGAAGACGACGUGGACAGCCUGCUGGCGAACAACAAUUCGAUGGGUGGAGGAGGUCCGGGCAGUGCUAGCAGUCCACGAUCAGUCACAGGGCUAACUCCGGAUGAUGAGGAUCGCCGUAGGCGACGUCGUGAACGGAACAAGAUUGCCGCUACAAAGUGUAGGCUGAAGAAGCGAGAGCGUACGGUGAACCUGGUCAAUGAGUCGGAAACCCUAGAUGCACAAAACAAGGACUUGAAGCAGCAGAUGGCCGACUUGGAGAACCAACGACGGAAGCUUAUCGAAGUUCUGCAGGCUCAUGGUCCAUCCUGUGUGCACCAGAACGGUUACCAACCGCUACCUAGUCUGUCUACCAUUACGAACAAUAACUGCAAAUAUCUCAAUGACCUGAACUUCCUGGAUAGCUCAGCGGAUGAGAUCAAGUACUCGGAAUGUCUCAAAUCCGGUGGGGAAUUAGGUGAUUUCUCGAAACAAGACAACGUGCUACCUCCCGGUUAUUGUAAACUAUCUCCCACGGAGGUGAACUAUGCAACGCCUACCGACGUUAUGGCUAUGAAUAGCUUCGCAGAAUCGUUGAAAUCCGAAUACAUUCCAGCCAAUCAAACUAAGCCUGCUCGUGCUAAACCUGGACCCAAGCCUCGUCAAAAAGCAGCCAAGCGUUCGAUCCCAGUUACCAGUACGACGACUACAGUGACGGAAUCUUUACCAUCCAUACCCGUAACCCUCCCUAGCGCCGACUGCAUUCUGAAAAGCGAGCUUAUCGACACUAGCAGUCCGUACACUACAGUGCAAUCGGCCGACCGCUUCUUAUUCGAAAAUUCUCUAGAUCUGUACAACAACAAUAACAACGACAGCAAUACCCUGGACGGCCACCACACCAACGACAGCGACAAACUCGCUUCCCUAGCCGCCAAGGACAACACUUCGAACGCACUGCUAGAGUUCAGCGCAAGCUUCGACACCAUCAAACCUUCCGACUACGGACUCCUGCCAACGCAUCAACAUCUGUCCAACCAACUUCCCCACCUUCAUCAACAACACCAACCCCAACAGCAGCAACAACAACAGUGCCAUCUACAGCAGAGUCUCGGAACUCUGCAACUCCACCAGCAACCCCUGCAGCAUCACAACCUGCACCAGCAGCUGCUCUCGCAGUCCAACGUUUCCGGCCUGCUCGGCGGUACCAGCAUCGUGACCAACGACUUCCUGAUCAUGCCGAACGACGACAGCGAGUUCACCGACCUGGACAGCGGCAUAACGUCCUACGCCAGCAUCAACGGGGGCUGCCUGGCGUGACCUCCGUCGUUGUCGCCGUUGCCACCGUUACCACUAAUGUUGUGAGAAGGCUAGGCCGUAACUUUGAUCGGAUCACUAGCCACUACACUAGCCUAGUAGAACGGAGUGUUUCAGCCAUGCUGUGUAGUUACAGAGAAAAGUUUGCCAAAUUUGUCGUACUCUACCCCCAUCACCCAGUGAUCGCCACGCGCGCGCAGUUACCGUACUCUCGUUUUUUUUUUCUUAUUAAUGUUUGUUUAAAUAUUUGUAUUUAUACUUGUAAUCGAACAUCCUGCUUAGAGGAGGUGUGUGAGUGUGUUUGGUAGUCAGUUAGUAGCCACUAGGGAAGACGCUCUUGAAGAAGACGCAAAAGAAACUCAAAAUCUACGGUUUUUACGGAAUCGAAAAAAAAAGAAAAUUACCGACUCAGAGCCGGUAUGAUUCAGUCACGUAAAAGUUUAUCGGCCAUAGGGGUGCACGUGUCAAUCAACUAAGGCAUCAUUCAGUCUCUCUCGAAUGUUACGGAUUGUUCACAGGUUCGGACCAUUAUUCGAUGAACUGGUAGUUGUGACAGGUUGGUUCGGAAGUCAUGUCUGACGUCACCGAAUUGUUCUAAGCAAUAGGAUGAUCCGAACCUGUACGCACACAUUGGUCUCUCUCUCACUCUCUGCUGUCACUCGAAAGGGAAAAAAACUAUCGUUCGCGCGAGUGAAUGCGUGUAUGUGUGAGCUCUAUUGCGUUCGAAUGUGUAUGUGUGAGCGCGCAAUCGUUGCGGGUUCAAGGAGAAAGAGAAAGAAAUCAUCUGCAGAAAAGUUUCUUUGUUCACAGACGUAAUCGUAUUUACAAAUACCUAACUGUUAAGACUUCCUUUGAUCAACUUCGUUUCCGGUUUUAGAAAGUAAACCAGCAAAAUGCAUUCCUUAUUUGUUUGUAAGUUGUAUCGUAUACUCACAUGUCAUCGUUCGGUUUACUACUGUGCAUCAAUUGUUUACCCAUAGAUUGUUUACACCUUUUUUCAUUCUUUCUCUUUCUCGUCGUGUCUCAAAUUUAAGAUAAAACAAAACUAAAUAGUGGUUUUAAUAAUGUAUACUUCAGCAAUAUUGUGAUAUUCGUUGCCCGCGUUUUGGUGAGAUUAUGGAUCAAUUGAAAUCUGUCUAAUGCACCGUAUCAAAAGGUAACUUUAAAAGAAGAAAAAAAACUGUAAAAAAAACAACAAAGGUACUUUGCAGAUGUCAAAUCCAAUUGUUGAUCAGAAGCAAUUGCAUCCAAUGACUCAAGGAAUGUUUUGCUGAUGAGUUGAAAAGUCCCAGGGAUACCCGGAGCAGUAGGCGUUGAAAUGAACAAAAAGUCAAAUUUUUAUUAUACAAAAAUCACAUGGUGGAACUGUCAAAAUCAAGGGUUUCUUAUGGAAGUGAGUAGGAAAUCACUAAAACAAUGCUCGCAGUGAAAUCAAAACAAUGAAGAUUUUUUCCAGCUUACACAAGUUAACAGUUUUCGAAUAAUGGGUCUUUGUUCGGUCUCCAGAUAGUAGGCCAAAUGACGAAUGGCCAGAUGGCCGAAAGACAUUUGAUCGAAUGAAUAUUUGGGAUAUUCCUCUUUCCUUGGUACAGUAGACGUUCGAUAACUGCAACAUGUUUACGUUUCACUUACCGAAUAAAAUUCAGUCAGUAACUGCAACAGCUGACAGACGUCAAAGAACUGUCAAUUGAUGCGGAAUGCAGCCAAUGUGCAUGCGGAAAACAUCGCAUUGCAGCAAAAGUGCAUGCGAAAAAAAACAUCGCAUCGCUGUUGACAUUUCAAUUUGACGGAUAGCGGUGCGAUAACUGCAAAAUUAUUGCACUUAGCGGACUUGCAGUUAAAAAGCAAUGCAGUUACAGAGUUUGCACCGAGCGAACGUCUAUACUGUAGUUCCUUCUGUAAAUUCAGUAAAGUGUCUUCCUGCCAUUUGUUACGCCAGCUGUACGACAGUCAUUCUAAGCCAAUUACAGGUGCGUGUAUUCGUGCAACUGUUGUUUUACAUCUGUAAACAAAUGCAUACAAUGAUGCAUCACGUGUAAAGGGCUAUGAUGAACGUGAUAAUGAGGCUCAGCUUCUGCUGGGCGACCGAAGAUUCUACGUCCGGCUUGUAAGUUUGACAGUUUACCAUUGACCUUUUCAUAGAUGUUUAGCUUGUUUUAUAGUUUCUAGAAUGACAGUUCCGAGUAGGCGAUUGUUUUCGCAGCGUAAUAAACAAAUGCAGCGACGGAUCUGUUAUAUAAAUACGAACAAAUUUUUGACAGAUUUUCUUGUUGACUUUCUGUGAAAUUCCUAAAGAGUCUAAAGUUAGGCAGAAUCUUUUGAGAUUUUCUAGUCAAAUCUUUGGCAAAACUUCUGAUGAAAACCCGACAGAGUUUUUCGAGAAGUUUCUGUAGGAAUGUUAAUGCCUAAACGACCAAAAAUGCUUCUUGUUUGGGAAAAUUAGCUGGGAAAUUCCACCAGUUAUUUCCCCAUGGAUUACUUCAGGAACUCCUCUGGUUCCGACAAAAAAUCUCUGAAGAUCUGUUUCAGGAAUACUCUCAAACGCCCUCCACGAACUUGUCCAUGAGUUGUUCAACAAAUUCCAACACAUUUGUUCAUGGAUUCUGGAUGCAUUUCCUACAGGAAAUUUAUCCAAAAGCAAAAGCUAUUUUUUUAAAUCCCUUCAACAAUUUCUACAAGAUGCAAUAAAAAACAAAUUCUUGGCUCAACCGCGUGUGAUACUUUGCGGAGCCGACAUUAAUUUUAAAGUGAAACAUCACAGAAGUCAACAGUAAUAUGACAAGUUUCGGUUUGGAAUCACUGGAAACUAUAAAAUUCAAAACAGAAGAUUUAGAUAGUAAAACAAUAUGGAAAUACAGCGCCUAUUGUUUAAUCAUAUUCAAAUCUUUUCAAUCAUCAGCAAAAAUCAGUGGCAAAGCCAUUAUUAACUAAUGUAGCAUUUUUCCUUCCCAAUUCCUUAUUUAUGAAAACAAAGUUAAAUAUACAUUUGUAAGCGAAAACAAUUUAAGCUAACCCCUAGUUUUCUUUACAUUUAUUUCUUUAAGUUUUAAAGCUAAAAUGUAACUCCCUUUAAGAAACGCUUAACCUGCUACUACUACUAUUUUUUAUCGUUCACUAUAGACACAAAAAUAUUAAGAACAAAUGAAAGUUGAUAAAAAAACAAAACAAAUGUAUAUUAUCGUCUGCUCUAGAAGUAAUAUAUGUUUAAGAAAAGGUAUUUUUUAUAAAAAAAAACUGAAUAAACACAAAACAAUCUCUAGUUGUUAGAUGAAACCUUUGCCUCUCGAGACGCAAACGUCGUUCUCCCCGAAUGAAAAAAAUCGGAGACCCAGCGCCACAACAUGACCCCGAUUCAUGGAAUUCAAAAUUAUACUGCUCAGCAGCGAUAAUGACAGUCAAAGGUGGCCUUGGAAAGCCUUCCGCCGUAUUUUUCAUCCGGGGAGAUUCGCCUCCGCAGUGAACCAGCUAAUGAACACAACAGCGCAAACCAUAUGACCAAUUAAAAUGCAAUCAAGUUAGUCAGCUUAGCUCUUCGGAAUCGGGCCUGAUGGAUGUGAUGUUCAAAUAUUUGAACGGAUUUGCGAACGGAAGAACACGGAAAUCAAUUGUGCUUUAUAGAUAUUAUACAAACUACAAGUCGUGGAGCUUAAUUAUUUUCAUAUACAACAGAUACGAAGCCUGAAGUAGGUGUAAAAAAGUUGGAAGUUGCACAGCAAUCGAAUGCAUCAUCACAGAAAAAAAAAAACAGCAGUGGGCGAUGAUAUGCUAAGGAUGUUAACUCGUGAACAUUUUGUUUUCGUUUUACCUUUUCCAAUUGGAAAUUUUCCGAAUUCAACGUCUCCAGUAAUGUACACCUCUAGGGAUGUUUAGUUUACAAAAAAAAAGGAAUCAAUUACUUGUGUGUAAUUAAUUUCUUUUUUGUAAAUUGAACAUCUCAGGGGUGUACAUUACUCGAGACGUUCAAUUCGGAAAGUAUAAAUUCAAAAGUAUAAAUUCUGUUAGUUUGACGAAUUACAUCCAAUCGGUUACUAUGGCAACCAGGACGCAAUCGUAUUUUGCCACAAAAAUACUAGUCAUCAUACAAUCACAACACAGCAUUUAGUAAUCACCUAGCCGAAAAAAGACCAUCGUGCUGACAAUCGCCCACUUCUAAUUAUCUCUCUCUCCUACUCUUACUAUCUUCCUCUCAAUCAUCGUCGCCCGCCAUUUUUGUAACGCAUCGUUACAUCGCAAAGCCUGCUUCCAUGUUGUAACACGCGCCACAAAAGCAACAACAACAAUGAACUGUACCAGACACAAACAAUAGGACGCAAUGACAAAAUGACUACCACUAGUGAAAGGAACACUAAGAAGAAAAUGCCUUCCUAUUUUGAGUAAUAGGUUAUAAUGCAUGUUAGUACAGAAAACUAAGCAAAAAAAAAAACAAGUUAUUCCUCUUGAGAAGAUAUAUACAAGAAAAAAAAAAAUAAAACAAUGUUAUAUUGUUAAGACACAAUUUUAAAUACGAAGAAAAACACUGCUUAAAUCGAAAUCGGAGCCUUAUAUUAGAUUGUUGUAGAGCUUAAUGACCAAAACCGAAGCAAAACCAAUACAUUGAAAAAGUCUCUUGUUGUAGAAUUGCGCCCAUCAAACAAAACAAUCGUCACACGAAUAUUAGUUCCAUUUUACCCCGGUGUCAAAACGGAAGCUUUUAAUAUUUGCCAGAUCCGCGCGCCCCCCGCCUCGAUUGGUUUGUGACCCCUCGUGUAUCGAAGUGCCAUCUACUGGAGAGCAAGCGGAAGAACCGUUCGUGUCCGUCACGAACAGUCAACGGUUGCUCUGACAGUUUUUAAAUUCUUAUUUUUAUUCGACUCUGGGCGGAGGAGUUCAACCAGGCAAGGACCAACGGCCGGUCGAGUUUUAACGAGAUUUGUUUGAUUUUGUUUUUAAUUUUCCAAACGACUUUUACAGACGAAAAUACGAAACUACUUUGUACCUGUGCCGGCGUCGUCUUUUAUUGAUUUAUAAAUAUGAUUCAUGAACCAACACAUCAAUGACAUUUUGAAUACUAACAACGUCUUUUUUUUGCUAGUUAGGUUAAAUUUUCCUAUGUUUCUGUUCAAUGAAAAACCUUUUACAUCACCCGCAUAGAUACAAACAAAUGCGCAGUAGAUUUUAGGUUUGAUAGAUCCGUAGAUCGUAACAUAACUUUUCAUCUAUACAAGGGUACUGCAAAUACUAAAUAAAAAACAAUCAAAGCGAAAAACGAAUACCAGAACAAACUAGGAAAAAUCUAAUUCUAUGAAAAAUCACAGUGCUAUACAUAUUUACCUUUAACCUAAAAAGAAGAGCAAAGUAAACCAUUGUUGAACGGAAUAAGAACUAAAAGUGUUGCCUGUAAGCUAAGCGAUGGCGUGGAAAACAGAACGUAUUUGAACCUUGUGAGAACAAAAAAAAGCCGAAAGCUGUAAAACAUCACACGAUGAACGAAAACAAAACCUAAAGCAUUAAAUGAGAAAAUAAACAUCGAAAAAA